AAGGCAGCAGCAUGACUGUGGGGAGUGAUCCUGGAACUGCUGCUGCUUGCAAACAUCACUUUGGAGAUAACCUUGCCAAACCUUCAACAUGGUUGACGCCUUCUGUGCCACCUGGAAGCUGGUUGACAGUGAAAACUUUGAUGAGUACAUGAAGGCACUGGGCGUGGGCUUCGCCACCAGGCAGGUCGGUAAUGUGACCAAACCGACGGUGAUCAUCAGCCACGAAGGAGAUAAAGUGGUGAUCCGCACCCAGAGCACCUUCAAGAACACCGAGAUCUCCUUUAAACUUGGAGAGGAGUUCGACGAGACCACCGUCGACGACAGGAACUGCAAAUCCACCGUGACUCUGGAAGGAGACAAGUUGGUCCACGUCCAAAAGUGGGACGGCAAAGAGACCAAGCAUGUCAGAGAAAUCAAGGACGGCAAACUCGUCAUGAACUUGACAUUCCAAGACGUCCAUGCGGUUCGCACCUACGAGAAAGCAUGAGCUCCUCGGCUCCUCCCAACUAAUACGUGUUUUUUUUAAGAUUAUUGUUGACUGUAUGGUUCUCUUUGCACUUCAUCUGCCUCCACAUCGCCUGCAAGCUGCAUGUUGUGUAAGAUUUUUUUUUAUAUGAAUUAUCAUGAUUCCAUCAUGAUGGGUGGAUUGUCUUUGCAACACAGUGCAAAAAAAUAAAGAAAAAAUAAAGAAUAAAA